CAGACGGACUGGAAUUAUCACAGAGGGGGCUCCUCCGUCUCUCUCUUGCACUCACUUACUUUCAAGCAUGACCAGUUGAAGAGCAGUAGCCCCACAGAGCUGAGAGCGAGCCACUGAAAGCCUUAAGAAUGGCUGGGGGACUGACCCUCGCUCGUCUACAGUCCCUCUGAAAUUGGAGAAGAGAGAGAGGAAGUCGUGAGACAGGGGUGGCUGACUUCGUGUGGCAUUUCGCAAAAGCCGUCUGAACUCUUGCAGACCGAGGCGAUGGGGACAGUGAGCGAACUGUGCGUGUCCAGCUUCCAGGCUUUCCUGUGUCCGACAGUGCUGAGCUCUGCUCCAGUGCCAGACGACCUCACGCCUGAGGAGCAGCAAGAGCUGGAGAAUAUCCGCCGGCGCAAGCAGGAGCUGCUGGAGGACAUUCAGAGAUUGAAGGAUGAGAUAGCCGAGGUAACCAGCGAGAUAGAGAACCUGGGUUCCACCGAAGAGAGGAAAAAUAUGCAGAGGAAUAAGCAAGUAGCAAUGGGCCGAAAGAAGUUCAACAUGGACCCCAAGAAGGGGAUUCAGUUCCUGAUCGAAAAUGACCUUCUGAAAAACACGAGCGACGACAUCGCUCAGUUCCUGUACAAGGGCGAGGGCCUAAACAAGACAGCCAUAGGGGACUACCUCGGAGAGAGGGAUGAGUUCAACAUUCAGGUGUUGCAUGCUUUUGUGGAGCUGCACGAGUUCACAGAUCUGAACCUGGUACAAGCUCUCAGGCAAUUUCUCUGGAGUUUCAGACUGCCCGGUGAAGCACAGAAAAUCGAUAGGAUGAUGGAGGCCUUUGCCCAACGCUACUGCCAGUGUAACCCAGGAGUCUUCCAAUCCACUGACACAUGUUAUAUUCUCUCCUUUGCCAUAAUCAUGCUGAACACCAGCCUUCACAACCCCAACGUGAAGGACAAGCCCACUGUGGAGCGCUUCAUUUCCAUGAACAGAGGCAUCAACGAUGGAGGAGACCUACCAGAGGAGCUGCUCCGAAACCUGUACGAGAGCAUCAAGAAUGAGCCAUUCAAAAUUCCUGAGGAUGAUGGCAACGACCUCACACACACGUUCUUCAACCCGGACCGUGAGGGCUGGCUGCUCAAACUGGGGGGACGUGUCAAAACCUGGAAGAGACGAUGGUUUAUUCUCACAGACAACUGCCUUUACUACUUCGAGUACACUACUGACAAAGAACCCAGAGGAAUCAUUCCUUUGGAAAACUUGAGCAUUCGUGAAGUGGAGGACAAGAAGCCGAACUGCUUUGAGCUGUUUAUACCAGACAAUAAGGAUCAGGUGAUCAAGGCGUGUAAAACAGAGGCAGAUGGGCGAGUGGUGGAGGGGAACCACACAUUCUACCGCAUCUCUGCACCCACCACAGAAGAGAAGGAUGAGUGGAUUAACAGCAUCAAGGCGGCGAUCAGCAGGGAUCCCUUCUACGAGAUGCUGGCUGCCAGGAAGAAGAAAGUUUCCUCUAUGAAGAGGCAUUAGAUUUGCUCAGGGUGCUGGCGCUGCUCUCUGGAGAUUCAGGGCUGUGUGAAAGUGCUCCCUCUAGUGGAGAGGACUGAGAUUUGCAGAGGGAGGAUGAGGCUGGUCUCCCCCCCCCAAAAUUCCCACAAAGUUUUGCUUUUGUUUUCUGGAACUGAAGGACUUUAAGGACCAGGUUGGAAACUGCAAGAGGGAACAAAAGCCUGGAUUUGGCUGCUGUCUCCGUCAGGAAUCGCACCUUUUACCCCUUUCCACUUUCUUCUGUUUGAAUGUCCUCUCCCUCAGCUCAAAGUGUGCGUGUGUAUAUGUGUGUGCUGUGGAGGAGUCCGAGAGCAUUUUGCUCACUGCUCUUCUCUUGAAAUCCCCAAAGAGUCUAUUCUAUCCUCAUGCUAAACCAAAUCACAAGCGCCCUCUCUCUUUCUGUCUCUCGGCUGUCUUAAACAUGCACAUACACGCGUUAUCUUUUAAUCAGCAGGUCUGACAGAAUGUGGGUUACCAAAAAAAAAAGGCUUCUCCUGAAUUUCAAGAAGGAAAGACUUUUUCUUGUGUGCUUUGAUAUGUACAGGCAAUAAGUGUAUUUUUACAUUUCUAUAUUCUCUGUAUAUUCUUCUCUCGUUUUUCUUCUCUAGGUAAUUUGAUAAAGGCUGUUGUAAACUGCUGCGUUGUUUUCAUAAGAAAAAUGAAAAGGACAAGUUUAGUGCCAGAACGUAUAAUACAGGGCAGGUUUGCUCGGAUGCCCGGUGCCUCUCUGGGUAGGAUUGCUGAUCCGGGAUCAGGCUUUACCAUGUCUGGGCUGGUCCAGGAUCUUGCGUGGCAAAAUGCCUGUUCCAGAAACAGCAGUACUACACUGAGACGCUUCAUGGAUGCUGCCUGUGCAGUUACUCGAUGGCACGAAUAUUGCAAGGCUGUUCAUGUUCCUGGCUACUUAGAAGUGCAAGCCACACCUACUCUGGGAAAUCCCAAACUCUGUUACCAUCUAACACUUAACUGCACAGGUUGGAGCAGCCUCAUCUUCCUGCCAGUGUUGAUGAUUCUCCUCCUGAAAGCCUGUAUUUAUCACUGUUUGAAGCUACGAAGCUGUAGUUUCACUGCCAAAGCUUUUUCAUGUGGGCAUACGUGGAAUAAGCUGGAGGACUUGAGGUUGGAAAAUGGAUGUUGUGAGGCUAAUCCUCACAGUCUGAGGUGAAGAACCUUUCAGACGGAGUAGUGGUCAAAGCUUUUAAACAAUCAUACUACUGGUGAUUUCCCUGAGUUCAUAUGCAAAGUUUGUCUCUGGUCAUAUGACGUGUUCUGUUGUAAAUAAGUUAACACAUCUUCUACACUCUUCUGCACGUUAACGCAUAGUUACAGUUCAUUUACUCAGUGGAACACAUUUGGGGGGAAAAAACAAAUGUAGUCUGGUCAAAAUUUUAUAUUUAGUUCUCCCACCCCCCAACAAAUAGGACCCGUACGCUAAAAAAAGAAAAGUGGCAUGUUUUGUAGCUGCGGACGAUGCGUUAACUCGUUUUCACUUAGAAAACCUACGAAACGUGUAAUUUAAUCAGGACUGUACGAACUUUUGCAUUUGACUGUGUACCAGAUCAUAAGCAGCACUCCUAACGUAAACAGUACAGCGUUCAUUUUACAAGCCGUGCUUCUCGGAGACGCUCGUUAGUCCGAAGGAAGAAGGCAGGAUGAAGUAGGUCAGAUAAAACUCCUACAAAGUUGGACUUUGCCCACUUUACCCAAAUGUGAUGAUGUGCUCCACCUGUAUAUAAACCCGUAAGCCUGGAGGGCAGCAGGUUGAGAAUUAUGCUGUUGUUCCUGUAACAAGCUGUAAUAUUCUGGAGCUAAUCCACCUCUGACCCAUACAGGCUCCAACUCAGGCCAGACGCACGUCAUAAACGGAGGAAAGCUUUCUGGACUCACGUGAAGCCUAAUUAUAGGCUGAAUCUCAUAGACUCUAAUGAAAACACAACGUAGGGCUAAGUUUAUACUCCAAGAUGCUCCCACGGGUGGUUGAUUGUCACACACUGGUUUUGUUACUUCAGCAUUGUAGGUCUUCUUUUAAUCUGCAGAAACAUGAACACACUUACAGUCUGAUGAGCCUCUUAUCAGAGAUAUGACCUGCACGCUCGGAGUCUUAGGGAAGAUGCCUUGUUGACGUCGUGAAAAUGUGCCUAACUGUAGAUACGAGGCUCCAAAUAGUAAUACGGACUCUGUUUAAUCCACCGCAGCUUUUUUUUUUUUUAAUUGGCUUAGUUGUUGAGUUCAGUGUCGAUGGACGCUACAGUAGUUUACUGAUUACAGACCACCGUUUCCCUGACCUGACUGAGUGCCUGCUUCUGUUUCACUCUCAUUUUCUGUUUCCUUCAAGGUUUUACCAAGCUGUCAGUUUCAGUGCACCGGCUAUUCUCUCAGCAGAGUCUUAAAUCUGAGCAGUAUUGAUUUAUUUAUCAAGGAUGUAUAUACUUUAGUGUAAAGUGAGUAGCUUCCUCCAUUUUAUAUAAAUGUGUAUGUAGCAAAUAUAUUAUUAGCUGACUGCCGUUCUUUUUUUGUUGUUGUUUUGUUUAAAGUGUUCGUUUCUACCAUAAAAAUGGUAAAAUUCAUAUUGAAAU